CUCUUUCAGUUCUCCACCAUGGGAAGCAUGAAGGUGCAUCAGUUAGCACGUGCAUUCUGGGAGCACGAACCCUCUCUUACUCUUGGUUGCAAGCGUCUUCGCCCUCUUGCUCCCAAGCUGGCCAACACAGAUAGUGUUUCCUCUUUCGAUCUCAAGAGCUUCAUUAGACCCGAAAGUGGUCCUAGAAAAAUUGGAUCCUCUGACGAGAAGAAAGAUUCACCUCAGGUGGAGACACACCCAGGAGGGACCCGAUGGAAUCCGACGCAAGAACAGAUAGGGAUACUGGAGAUGCUGUACAGAGGAGGAAUGAGAACUCCCAAUGCCCAACAAAUAGAACAAAUCACUGCACAGCUAGGCAGAUAUGGCAAGAUCGAAGGGAAGAACGUGUUUUACUGGUUCCAAAACCACAAAGCCCGAGAAAGGCAAAAGCAGAAGCGCAAUAGCCUUGGUCUAAGCCAUAGUCUGAGAACCUCAAGCCCUAUUACCGCUAUAUCUUUGGAUUCGAGGGUAGAAGUUGAGAGAGACCAAGACAGUCCAUAUAAGAGAAAGUGCAGGAGCUGGGCAUUUGAGUACCUAGAUUUAGAAGAAAGCAGAUCAUGUAGAGAGGAAGGAGAUAGAACUCUGGAGCUUUUCCCAUUGCACCCGGAAGGCAGAUGAUGGGGUUCGAAAAAAUUUCUAAUUCAUCAACUUUGUUUCAUUUAUGAUCAGGAACGUGCUUGAUGUGUUUUUUUCCUUUAAUUCUUCUUUUCGAGAAAGAGGAAAAACAAGGUGUCUCUUUGUACUCUAUUUUCUGACUUGGAAGCAAAGCUCUUUGUCACCCUUUUAUUCAA